AUGAACGAGGAAGAAAGCAAAACUGGAUUGCGAACGGGUUGCGGGGCAGAUCGAUUCGGAAAAUUGUCGCCGGCAGAUCCAGAAGCCGAUAUGCAGACGAUCAAGUGCGUUGUCGUCGGCGAUGGAGCGGUCGGUAAGACAUGUCUUCUGAUCAGUUACACGACGAACAAAUUUCCAUCCGAGUAUGUUCCAACGGUGUUCGACAACUACGCGGUGACAGUUAUGAUUGGCGGCGAGCCUUAUACUCUGGGACUUUUCGAUACUGCUGGACAGGAGGAUUACGAUCGUCUCCGACCGUUGUCGUAUCCGCAAACCGAUGUCUUUCUGGUGUGCUUCUCGGUGGUCGCGCCGGCUUCAUUUGAAAAUGUGCGCGAAAAGUGGGUGCCGGAAAUUGCGCAUCAUUGCUCGAAGACGCCAUUCUUGCUUGUUGGAACUCAAGUUGAUCUCAGAGACGAUCCGGGAAUGUUGGAGAAAUUGGCGAAGAAUAAGCAGAAGCCGAUCUCGACGGAUGUUGGAGAGAAGCUUGCCAAAGAGUUGAAAGCUGUGAAGUAUGUCGAAUGCUCGGCGCUUACUCAGAAAGGAUUGAAGAAUGUGUUCGACGAGGCGAUUCUGGCCGCUCUCGAGCCGCCACAACAAGAGAAGAAGAAGAAGUGCUCGAUUUUGUAA